UAAAGCUCACUUUGUUUUUCCAUGGCUUGCUUAUAACUAAUAUUUUACUAUUCAAAACCUGUCGCACCUAUUUGCUCCACGACAAUCAAAGCAUUUGAUGGAGAAGAAAUUUUCUAGGUGCCCACUGCCCAUAAUCUUUUCCUUUUCAUAUGUCUGCUAGCAUUCAGUAAGGUCUUGAUUCUUGACUUCACGCAAUGUUAUCAUAAUUCUCGCGCAAGUUGAUUUCUUUUUAUUUUCAUGCUUCAAAAGUUCAUUAAAUAAUUGCAUCUUUUCUUUCAUUUUUCUUCGUGCACAUACCUUGAAUCAAGACUUUCUUUCAAUAGUCCAAAUCUAACAGUCAAAUCUAGGAACCAUCAACCAAACGUAACGUGCUCAAAUCCAACUAUCAAAACAUUAUAUUAUUCAAACAUCUCGCUGUCGUAUCCACUUUCUCUGGCUGCUCUCCUCUGUUCUUCCCCGAAGUCCAACUUCAAUCAUCUCGCUCGAAUCCUCGUCGCCCAGUCGUCGUCCGUCAAACCGCAACCCGGAAAGCACAAGACCAUGGCUUCUGCACCGUCGUCCUCAGAAACAACUGCUGAGAGACAGAGAGUCACAGCUCCGUAUGGCUCUUGGAAGUCACCCAUCACCGCCGACGUCGUCUCCGGCGCCUCCAAGAGCCUUGGUGGCAUCUCCGUCGAUGGCGACGGCCGUCUUGUCUGGCUUGAGUCCCGUCCUAACGAAGCCGGACGCUCUGUUCUUGUGAAAGAACCGGAAAAGCCAGGAGAUGAACCUGUUGACAUCACGCCCAAAGAGUUUGCAGUGAGGACUCUGUGUCAGGAAUAUGGCGGUGGUGCUUUUAGCAUUUCCGGGGAUACUCUUGUUUUCUCGAAUUACGAGGAUCAGAGGCUGUACAAGCAGUCCUUACACCUGGAAGAUUCUCCUCCAUUGCCAAUUACUCCAGACUAUGGUGGGCCUUCAGUUUGUUAUGCAGAUGGAGUUUUCGAUAGUAGAUUUGGCCGUUACAUCACCGUAAGGGAAGAUCGGCGUGACAGCAGCUCGAAUCCAACAGCUACAGUUGUCGCUAUUGGUCUUGGUGAGAAGGAUAUAAAGGAGCCCAAAGCAUUAAUCAGUGGCAAUGAUUUCUUUGCUUUUCCACGGAUGGAUCCAAAGGGCGAAAAGAUAGCAUGGAUUGAGUGGUGUCAUCCAAAUAUGCCAUGGGAUAAAGCAGAACUCUGGGUUGGGUACAUCUCAGAGGCUGGAGAUAUUUAUAAGCGUGUCUGUGUUGCUGGUCGUGAUCCUAAAUAUGUUGAGUCACCAACUGAACCUAAAUGGUCUCCAAAAGGUGAACUAUUUUUCAUUACUGAUAGGCAGAAUGGAUUUUGGAAUCUCUAUAAGUGGAUUGAGUCUGCAAAUGAGGUCCUGCCUCUUUAUCCAUUAAAUGCUGAGUUUGCAAGGCCAUCAUGGGUUUUUGGCUUGAACUCUUAUGAAGUCAUCCAGAGCGACGAACAGAAGACCCUGAUUGCUUGCAGCUACAGGCAGAGUGGAAGGUCUUUUCUUGCGAUGAUCGACGUUCUUCAUAGCUCAUUAUCAUUGCUAGACAUUCCAUUCACAGAUAUACAAGAUAUAACUUCAGGGAAUAAUUGCCUUUACGUUGAGGGAGCAUCAGGACUACUUCCAACAUCUGUGGCUAAGGUGACUUUCAAUGAUGAAAAGUCAGAAGGCAUUGAUUUUCAGAUAAUAUGGUCAUCUUCGCCAGACUGUUUGAAGUACGAGUCGUAUUUCAGCUUGCCAGAGCUGAUUGAAUUUCCAACUGAAGUUCCUGGUCAAAAUGCUUAUGCAUACUUCUAUCCUCCAUCUAAUCAUGUUUAUCAAGCUAGUGAGGAAGAAAAGCCUCCACUGUUGUUAGAAAGCCAUGGAGGGCCUACUAGUGAAACACGAGGAGUUUUGAACCUGAGUAUUCAGUACUGGACUAGCAGAGGAUGGGCUUUCGUGGAUGUCAAUUACGGUGGAAGCACUGGUUAUGGCAGAGAAUUCAGAGAGCGGCUAUUGGGUCGCUGGGGCAUAGUUGAUGUUGAUGACUGUUGUAGUUGUGCUAAAUUUUUGGUGGAAAGUGGAAAGGUGGAUGGCACUCGUCUAUGCAUUACUGGAGGCUCAGCUGGUGGGUAUACAACCUUAGCUGCUCUAGCAUUUAGGGAAACUUUCAAAGCUGGAGCCUCCCUCUAUGGUGUUGCUGAUUUGAACAUGUUGAGAGCAGAAAUGCACAAGUUUGAAUCUCAUUACAUUGACAAACUUGUCGGAUCUGAAAAGGAUUACUACGAGAGAUCGCCUAUAAACUUUGUUGAGAAAUUUUCUUGCCCCAUAAUUCUAUUCCAAGGAUUGGAAGACCAGGUAGUAUCGCCAGGUCAGGCUCGCAAAAUUUAUGCGGCAUUGAAGCAGAAAGGUCUGCCUGUUGCAUUAGUGGAAUACGAAGGCGAGCAGCAUGGUUUUCGCAAGGUAUUGUUCUUCUGGAGUCUUACACAAACAAGUCAUUUGUUGUGUGUGCAAUGUACGGAAUUGACAUACAAUGUUUUGCAGGCUGAAAGUAUAAAAUUCACAUUAGAACAACAGAUGCUGUUUUUCGCACGUUUAGUGGGACACUUUGACGUCGCCGAUGAGAUCGCGCCACUCAAAAUUGAAAACUUUGACUGAGCUUGCCUCAUGAAGAAAGAGUCACUGGGAGCAGCGGUCCCCAAUAAGUCCGUUGCCUUUGCAGCCUCAACUUCAUGUCACCCUUUUCAGGAUACUGCAUUAGGAUGCAGAAUUGAUCUCUAGAUAAACUGGAAAGGUAGUGAAUUUAAUGUACUACAAAUUUUAAUCUGAACUUCCAACUAGGAGUUUCAAUAUUGUUUGGUGUUGUAACUUUGCUAUUCCUUCAAACCAUUUGAUCGCAUGAUCCGUAGUGAGUGUGGGUGAAGUUGCUCAACGAA